CUGUACCGACGCCGGAAGUGCGUGGCUGUGAGAGACAUGGCGAACAAGAGGGGAACAGCUGUGCCUGUCCUCUUCCAUCGUAUUUUACGUUAUUUUUCAGUAUUAACCCUCACUGUUUUAUCCUAUAAAUUAACAUCGGCCUCAGAUGACGAUGCGUUUCGCGCCGGGCAGUCGAUGCUGUCUCCGGUGGCUGCAGCAUCACGGGAUGUUCGAUACCUCCUGUAUGAUGUGAAUCCACCUGAGGGUUUCAAUCUGCGCCGGGAUGUGUACAUUCGCAUGGCCUCUUUGCUGAAGACAUUGAGGAAAGAAGGCGACUGGGUGCUAGUGUUGCCUCCAUGGGGUCGCCUGUAUCACUGGCAGAGCCCUGAUAUACAUCAGGUUCGCAUCCCCUGGGGGGAAUUCUUCAGCGUGACCAGCCUGCAGGCUAACAUACCAGUCAUUGAGUAUGAGGAAUUCAUUGCUGAGUCUGGAGGUCCCUUCAUUGACCAGAUCCUUGUGCUGCAGAGCUAUGCAGAGGGCUGGACAGAUGGGAAAUGGGAGGAGAAGGUGGAUGAACGACCGUGCAUUGAAAGACUGAUGUACUCAAAGGACAAACAGGGCUAUUACAGAGGUUGGUUUUGGGGUUAUGAGGAGACCAGAGCAUUGAAUGUCACCUGUUUAUCUGCUCAGGGACAUGCCUCUAUUUUGGCCCCUGUUCUACAAAACAACUUAACAGCCAUGUCAGUAAUGCUUGACAGAGCUGAGACUGUCCUUCAUGAUCACUAUGCUGGGAAGGACUACUGGGAUACACGGCGAAGUAUGGUGUUUGCCAAACACUUGCGUAUUAUAGGAGACGAGUUUAGGGCCAAGUAUCUCAACUCCACAGAUAAACAGGACCAGACACCAUACAACGAGGACUGGACCCGAAUUAAAAACAGGUUGGGCAGUGCUAAGGGAGGCCCUUACCUGGGAGUCCACUUACGUAGGAAGGACUUCAUCUGGGGUCACAGAGAUGAUGUGCCUAGCCUUAAAGGUGCAGUGAAGAAGAUCCGUAGCCUCAUGAAGAAGCACAAGCUUCAGCAAGUCUUUGUUGCCACCGAUGCAGACGAAGAAGACCUUGCUAAACUGAAAAGGAUGCUUCCUGAGAUGGUUCGAUACGAGCCCACCUGGGAGGACCUCGAGCUCCUGAAAGAUGGAGGGGUGGCCAUCAUAGACCAGUGGAUCUGUGCCCAUGCAAGGUAUUUCAUUGGGACAUCAGUUUCAACCUUCUCUUUCAGAAUACACGAGGAAAGAGAAAUCCUAGGUUUUGAUCCUAAAACCACCUAUAACCGAUUCUGUGGUGACGAUGAGAACGAAUGUGAACAGCCAACACACUGGAAAAUUGUCUACUAAUAACACACAAACCACAGAAAACACGAUGCUGGUCACACAGACUGCAAUUGAUUUCUCAGAUUUAAGACGAUUCUCUAUAUUUUUUUAACGUUUUUGCUGACGAUGUUGAAAAUACACAUUUUUAAAGUCAGAGCCGAUGAAUUCAGAUUGCGUAAAAAGUAGGGUUACAUAAGGAGAGCCAUAAGAGGAAUAUAUCAAAUGGCUUUUAUCUCAUAUCUUAUGUCAGAUAUGGAAUUUGUGAAUACUGCUGCUCUGUUCUCACAGUUCUUUCAUUUGUAUUGUUGAUACUCAAGAUGAACUGUGUUUAAACACUGUGAUCAAACCUGUUUGAAAAUGGCCAACAUGAUUUUUCACCACUGCUCCAGUAUUUGAAGUCUAGCUUUAUGUGGUACUUGCCUAUUUUUUAUUUUUAUUUUUUUUGUCUCACCACAUAUUAUGCCUUUGACAAAUGAUGUAUAAACAUACAGUAUUAGUGUUUAUUUGAUAUUUCUAUCAGUAUUGUGCCUGCCUGCUAUUUGAAAUAUAUAAUUUUUCUUCACACACACAUAUAUAUAUAUAUGUAGUGAAGUUUUCUCAUGUCAUAACUCAUCAGUGUGCUUUUUACUUUCAUAAAGAAGGAUGCCUGGAGGUGUUCAGUCAUAAGUGACAUUAAUGCCAAAAUCAAAAAGAUUAAAGAUAAGCAUGUGGUAUAGCGACAUUAGCUUUGUUUUCAACUCAACUUGUUUUCAGCAGAUUUUCAUUGGUAGGUUUUGAUUUGUGUAUUUCUUUUGUUGUUUGGAAAUGUAAAUGUUUACCAUUACCAUUUAGAAAUGUACUGUAUAUGUGCUCUUUCUAUAAAUGUAGUUGUUUUUUUUUUGUUUUUUUUUGUUUUUAAUUUUAUUAUGAAAUUGUAAUAAUCACAUCAGUUGAUACGAAUGUGAUCAAGUGUUUUUCGCUUCAUUUCUGUGAAAAGAGUUUUCUUAUAAGGAUUUAAACUAUAAUCAGUGCCUUGGUCUCAUAGUAUAUGUCUAGUAAUCCAUUGUAAAUCUGCCAGAUACAUUAGUAAACUUUCUGUAGGUUGUGUUAA